AGGGGAAGGAAGAGGAGGGGACAGAGCUGUGAGACAUUGAGCUUUUCUUUGCAGAUCUGAAGAGCACAGUCAAGACCACAGACACCCGUGGAGGCUCCCCCAAGACAUCUGCUUCUCUGGGACUGGGGGCCUCGCGCGGGACCGUGGGGGAGUUGGCUGAAGGACUUGGGGAGCCCAGAAGCUGCCACUGAACCAAGAACCACCUCUGUGCAGAAAAGCAACCACCUUGUUCUCUAUUCUGCUGCCCGAGACAACCACAUCCUCCUCCUCCUACACCCAAAGGCUCCCAUGGAGAGCUCAGAUGUGGAGCUGGACCUCCAGAGGAGCGUGCAGGCUGUGCUCCGGGAGCUCAGCACCCAGGCCCCUGCCCUGCAGAGCAACCAAGGCAUGUGGAGGUGGUCCCUGCACAAGAAGGUCGAGCGAGAUCCUGGUAAGAGCCCGGUGCUGGUCCGCAUUCUUCUCAGAGAACUGGAGAAGGUGAGUUCCUGGACCUCAGGGAGGAAGAUGGGGAUGAAAAGAAUAGAGGGGCCAAUUGGGCAGGGGCUCAGUCCUGGCAGCGCUAUGUCUCAGAAGCUUUGGUUGCCUGCAUGAUUUUUACCAUAUGCAUCUCCCUCCUGUACUUUUACGUAAGCAAUAUUUUCUUUACAUCGACUCUCGUUGUUUUACUUGAAUAAACAUCUUUCAAAAAGAAGCACUAUAACGCGACCACAAAUGGAAAACCCGCAUCACUUGUCAGAAACAGAAGGCGGAAAGCCAGGACCUCCGGCAUGUCAUCAUUCCCUUGCUGCACACUGUAAUGUACGUGCUCACCAAGGCCACAGGAAUCACAGAAGAGCUCUACCAGAGAAUCUAUGCCUUUUGCACAAGGUUACUGACCCUGCCCACCCCCUACUGCACAGUCGCCUUGGACUGCGCGAUAAGGCUGAAAACAGAGACGGCGGUCCCAGGGACACUGUACCAAAGGAUGGUCAUUGCCGAACAGAACUUGACGAAUGAGCUGUAUCCCUACCAGGAGAGAGUGUUCCUCUUCGUGGAUCCUGAGCUGGUGUCUGCCUCUGUGUGCAGUGCUCUGCUACUGGAGAUCGAGGCGGCCCAGGCGCAGCAGACACCAGAGACCUGCAUGCGCCACGUGGUCUCCCACGCCCUGCAGGCGGCUCUGGGGGAGGCCUGUCACGCAGGCGCUCUGCACAGGAAGCUGCAGGCCAGCCCUCGCCGCACCCUGGAGCACUAUUUCCACGCCGUGGUGGCCGCCGUGGAGCAGAUGGCCAGCGAGGCCAGCCCGAGCCGGGAGGGACACGUAGAGAGGCUGGAGGAGAUUUACUGCUCGCUGCUGGGGCCCGCGGCGGGGCGCUGCGGUGGUGACCUUGUCCAAGAGCGGCCACCAAGCAUUCCCCUGCCCAGCCCCUACAUCACCUUCCACUUGUGGACCGGUGAGGAGCAGCUCUGGAAGGAACUGGUGCUCUUCCUCCGCCCAAGAUCCCAGCUGCGCCUCAGUGCUGACUUGGAGGUCUUGGAUCUGCAGGGCCUCCGGCCGGACCGGGAGUUGGCCCGGGUUUCUGUGCUGUCCACUGACAGCGGCAUUGAGCGGGACCUUCCCACGGGGGCUGAUGAGCUGCCUGCACCCAGCAGCCCUGAGACGGAGCGAGCCGGGCUGCAGCGCAAAGGGGGCAUCAAGAAGCGUGCAUGGCCCCUGGACUUCUUGAUGCCUGGCAGCUGGGACGGGCCCCCAGGGCUGCACCGGAGGACAGGCCGGCCCAGUGGGGAUGGGGAAAUGCUGCCCGGCGUGUCCCGGCUGCACACAGCCCGGGUACUUGUGCUCGGAGAUGACAGGAUGCUGGGGCGCCUGGCCCAGGCCUACCACAGACUCAGGAAACGGGAGACCCAGAAGUUCUGCCUCACUCCCAGACUCAGCCUGCAGCUCUACUACAUCCCCGUGCUGGCGCCUGAGAAGCCUGCAGCAUCCAGGCAGCCGGAGCUGGGAGAGCUGGCUACGUUCCUGGGCCGCGUAGACCCGUGGUACCAGAGCAACGUCAACACGCUGUGCCCCGCCAUCCACAAGCUGGCUGAGAUGCCUCCUUCCCUGGACACAUCCCGGACUGUGGACCCCUUCAUCCUAGAUGUCAUCACCUACUACAUCCGCAUGGGCACCCAACCCAUCUAUUUCCAGAUCUACACAGUCAAGAUCUUUUUCAGUGACCUGAGCCAAGACCCUACUGAGGACGUUUUCCUCAUUGAACUGAAGGUGAAGAUCCAAGAUUCUAAAUUCCCCAAAGAUGGCUUUUCACCCAGGAGGAGAGGCGUGGCUGAGGGCCCAGGGGCAGAGCUCUCCCUAUGCUACCAGAAGGCCUUGCUUAGCCACCGGCCCCAAGAGGUCACCAUUUCCCUGCGGGCCACUGGGCUGAUCCUGAAGGCCAUUCCAGCCAGCGACACAGAAGUUUCAGGGUCUAGCCAUUGCCCCCUGCCUGCUGCUCCUGUCACAGACCACACGUGUCUGAAUGUCAACGUGACAGAGGUUGUCAAGUCCUCCAACUUGGCGGGAAAGUCCUUCUCUACAGUGACCAACACCUUCAGGACGAAAAAUAUCCAGAUCCAGAGCCAGGACCAGAGGCUGCUGACACUGUCACUGGACAAGGACGAUCAACGCACUUUCAGGGAUGUGGUCAGAUUCGAGGUUGCUCCCUGCCCAGAACCAUGUUCUGGGGCCCAGAAGUCCAAGGCACCGUGGCUCAAUUUGCAUGGGCAACAGGAGGUGGAAGCAAUCAAAGCCAAGCCCAAGCCCCUUCUGAUGCCCAUCAACACAUUCUCUGGUAUUGUCCAGUGAGCCUGCAGGGACAGCAGGCCCAGGAGGAAGGAUACACUACCCCACCAACGCCAAACACUCACACCAACAGCCAGAGCAAGGCCCGGCUCCACACGGCAGCUUUGGCCUUGACCAGGAGCCAGCGAGUGCCUGGGAGCACAGGGAGCCUACCCUGGGGGCUAUGACGAGGAAGGGCCCACAUGGAGGUCUACGGAUGGCCCGGGCAAUGCUGUCGCUGCUUGAGAACAUACACACCAAGCCCAGCUUCUCACACAAAUGUCUACUCCUUCAUUUAGCUUCAAUUCCCACUUCUCCCACUGUCCUCUCCCACCCAAGCUCCCCAUCCAGCCCUUAAAACCAGGGUUAAAGCUGCUGUCUUGGCCAGAGCCCUGUGGCCUAGGGGAAAAUUGGAAGCAAGGAACAGCAACAGCACCACCUCCCUCCCAAGUCUCUUCCCUUCCCACUCUCAGGCCACUGCCCACCUCACUCAGUCCAGGCAGGUGUCUCUAUCAGGUGAGAGAAAAAUGUCAGACUCAAUAAAUGUACACUGAAGUCUUUCUGCUUUCAUCUCA